AUGAGUCUCCCUGACAUUUCGCGGCUAAGGAGCCCAGUGCCCCAAGAGGACUGGCUCCUGACACCCGACGUCCUGAGGCCUUCACCUUUCCCGAACCCAGUGCUGCAAGCCUUCUACAGUUUAUCCCGCGUGCUGCUCUUCCCGACCUACUGGUCCCUGGACCGGUUGCUGGGCUGCUGGGCACCAAGCGUGCGAUCCAACAGCUUAGGGUGGUUCAAAGUCCUGGCAGGAAGUGGGGUGUUGCUACCGCUGGUGGUGGUCAGCCUACCCAUGGCGUUGGUCGGCCUUGUGCUCUGGCUGCCCCUCCAGGUCAGGCGCCGCCCCUUCUGCUAUCACCCCCCUCCGGCGUGCUGGGUGUGGCCACAACCCUGGUCUCCGCCCGCUGAGCGCCGGCGCUGCUUUGUCUUUCUCACUGCUAAUCUGUGCCUAUUGCCCCACGGGCUGGCUCAUUUUAACAACCUGUCGCACAGCCAGCAGCGCGCAGAGGCUGUGGGGGCCGCACUGCUAGAUAGCCUUCAGUCACAGUAUGAGGUUACUGAAUGCAGCCAGCCGCUGCCAAAGGUGCCUGGUGGUGUGCUGAAAGCCACAUUACCUAUGGGCUUGGACUUUGUGUGUCUGCAGGAAGUGUUCGACCUCCGCGCAGCUCAUCGGCUUGUGCGCGUCUUGGUACCAAAUCUGGGCCCGGUGAUAUAUGAUGUGGGCACAUUUGGCUUAAUGGCUGGGCCGUACAUCAAGGUACUGGGCAGUGGGCUUCUACUGGCCUCGCGCUACCCGUUGCUGCGUGCCACCUUCCGUUGCUUUCCUAACGCUUGUCGCGAGGACGCCUUGGCCUCCAAAGGUCUACUAUCUGUCCAGGCGCAGCUAGGCAUCGUGGAUGGGCGCCCCAUCGUGGGAUACCUUCAUUGUACACAUUUGCAUGCACCCAUUGAGGAUGGACAUAUUCGCUGCAAACAGCUCUCGCUGCUGCUGGAAUGGGUGGAGGAGUUCGAGAGCCAGCAGAGUGGUGAGGCUGUUGUAGCCUUCAGCGUCCUCCUGGGAGAUCUAAACUUUGACAACUGCUCCCAAGAUCAUGCCAAGGAGCAGGGGCAUAAACUCUUCAGCUGCUUUCAGGACCCCUGCCGGCUAGAUGUUUGCCAGGAACAGCCCUGGGCCUUGGGGACAAUCUUGAACUCGUCCAUGCUACACCACUCCAUUUCCUGCUCCCCAGAGAUGCUUCGGAGGGCCCUGGAGCAGGAAAAAGGGCGCCGCCUGUACCUGUCAGGACCCCUUGAUGGGAGUUACCCAGCUCCAUCCUGGAAGGGCCGGCGUCUGGACUACAUCACCUACCGUGGAGUACCCGGGAGUCGCCUGAGUCCGGAGGCGGAGCAGGUGACAUUCAGUACUGCGUUUGCUGGACUCACGGACCACUUGGCUAUGGGCCUGAAGCUUCAAGUGGUAUGCUCCUGACGCUGGCGCCCAGACAAGAGGAUGACUGUCGAAAGACCACCGUGGGGGGAGCAGAGUCCAAUAAUCCAGUAACCAUGCGACUCAAAGGAUCUUUAUUGUGGGGCACUUAUACAGCUUCCUGGGCACGGCGGUACUCGUAUACACUGCCUCGCUCUGGGAAGGCUGGAUAUAGCGGGGGUGAGCCUGGUGGUGGCGCUGGGUCUUCCGGGUCUCCGUAGCCCCCACCCCCAGGCGUGUGGAGGCAGAACGCGUCCUGCAAAGAAGAGCAAGUUCAACACAGGUUGUGUCCCUGUCCCAAUUAAGACACAAUCACUCAACCACCCUGUUUCCGUUUGGGAGCCAAAUUAAAUUCUUGUAUCCCUGUUCA